AUGCGUGACGUCGCCAAUGCUGGAAUUGUCGUCAGCGACCGCAUCGGCAGGACAAUGGCCGCCCAGCUCGACCUCGAAGAAUCCUUGGAAGCUUCUAGAUACGCCAGUCAUCCUUAUUCCACUCACCCCCGCGAGUGGCCUCCUUUGUUUGAGGUUGUGGAUACUUGGGAGUUGCCUCCCGUGUUGAUUGAAAGAUAUAAUGCAGCUGGUGGGGAGGGAACAGCAUUAUGUGGGAUAUUUCCAGAAAUACGCAGGGCUUGGGCUUCAGUGGAUAACUCUUUAUUUCUUUGGCGGUUUGAUAAGUGGGAUGGUCAAUGUCCUGAAUAUACCGGGGAGGAACAAGCUAUUUUUGCUGUUGGUCUGGCCAAAGCCAAGCCCGGUGUGUUUAUUGAAGCUAUUCAAUAUCUUUUAGUCUUGGCAACUCCUGUUGAGCUGAUCCUUGUUGGAGUGUGUUGUUCUGGAAGGGGUGAUGGAACCGAUCCAUAUGAACAGCUCUCCCUUCAGCCAUUACCAGAGUACACAAUUCCAUCGGAUGGAGUGACUAUGACAUGCAUCACUUGCACUGAUAGAGGUCAUAUAUUUCUGGCGGGGCGUGAUGGUCACAUUUAUGAAAUGCAAUAUACAACUGGUUCAGGUUGGCUCAAACGGUGCCGUAAAGUCUGUCUAACUGCUGGUCUGGGAAGUGUCAUUUCAAGGUGGGUUGUACCCAACGUAUUUAAAUUUGGAGCUGUUGACCCCAUUGUCGAAAUGGUUUUUGAUAAUGAGAGACAUAUAUUAUAUGCACGCACUGAAGAGAUGAAAAUACAAGUAUUCUCUUUUGGACUAAAUGGAAAUGGCCCACUCAAGAAGGUGGCUGAAGAAAGAAAUUUGAUCAAUCAAAGGGAUCCUCACUAUGGUGGUCGACAACCAGCAGGGCCGAGGGCCCCAUCUCGGUCAACUAAAUUGUCUAUAGUUUGUAUUUCACCUUUAUCUACCUUAGAGUCAAAGUGGUUGCAUCUUGUUGCUGUUUUGUCGGAUGGCAGAAGGAUGUACCUUUCGACUGCUCCAUCUGGUGGGAACAAUGGUGCUGUUGGAGGUUUACGCAGGAUUGGUACUGAUCAUCAGAGACCAAGCUGCUUAAAAGUUGUAACAACCAGGCCUUCUCCUCCUAUAGGGGCGGGCAGUGGGCUAGCCUUUGGAGCUCUAUCUCUUGCUGGAAGAUCUCAAAGUGAAGAUCUGUCACUGAAGAUUGAAGCAGCAUAUUAUUCUGCCGGAACUCUUGUCCUUUCAGAUACAUCUCCUACUGCCAUAUCUUCGCUUCUUAUUGUGAAUAGGGAUCCUAGCACACAGUCUUCAUCUUCGAGCUUGGGAUCAGGUGCAACAAGCUCUCGCGCACUUCGGGAAUUGGUGUCAUCGUUACCUGUUGAGGGCAGGAUGCUUUUUGUAGCAGAUUUGUUACCCCUGCCUGAUACAGCGGCCAUUGUGCAUUCUCUAUAUUCACAAUUAGAACUCUAUGGGUUGAAUAACUCAUUUGAAUCCUGUGAAAAGGCAUGCUAUAAACUUUGGGCUAGAGGUGAUCUUUCCACCCAACAUAUAUUACCAAGAAGGAAAAUUGUUAUAUUCAGUACCAUGGGCAUGAUGGAAGUAGUUUUUAACAGACCAGUUGACAUCCUGAGAAGGUUGUUAGAAUCCAGUUCACCAAGAUCACUAUUAGAGGACUUCUUCAAUCGGUUUGGUGCUGGGGAGGCAGCUGCAAUGUGUUUGCUGCUGGCUUCAAGGAUGGUAUAUACUGAGACCUUGAUAAGCAAUGUUGUUGCGGAGAAGGCAGCUGAAGCUUUUGAGGACCCUCAAAUUGUUGGAAUACCACAACUAGGAGGCAGUGGUGCAUUGUCAAAUACUAGAACUGCAACUGCAGGGUUUAGCAUGGGGCAGGUUGUUCAAGAGGCUGAGCCUGUGUUUUCAGCAGCUCAUGAAGGCCUCUGUUUGUGCUCAUCAAGGUUACUUCUACCUCUGUGGGAGCUUCCUGUUUUUGUUACAAAAGGUGGCCAAGGUUCUUCAGAUUCUACGUAUGAAAACCUGAUAGUUGUAUGCAGACUCUCUGUUGUUGCGAUGAAUGUCCUUGAGGACAAAAUUCGCUCUCUAGAGAAGUUCUUGAGUUCUAGAAGAAAUCAGAGGAGGGGGCUGUAUGGCUGUGUUGCAGGUUUAGGAGAUUUAACUGGUUCAAUUUUGAUUGGAACUGGAUCAGGUCUUGGUGCUGGUGACAGAAGUAUGCUGCAAAGUCUCUUGGGUUCCUACUCCCGGAAUGGUGAGUCAGGCGAAGAUGGAUCAUUAAACAAAAGGCAGCGACUUCCUUAUAGUUCUGCAGAACUGGCUGCAAUGGAGGUGAGAGCAAUGGAGUGUAUCAGGCAGUUGCUCCUCAGAUGUGGAGAAGCACUAUUUUUACUUAAACUGCUUUCACAACACCUUGUAGCACGCUUAAUUCAGGGUUUUGAUGCUAAUUCAAAGGAAGCAGUAGUUCAGUUAACAUUCCAUCAGCUAGUUUGUUCCGAAGAGGGUGAUCGACUAGCUACAAAGCUCAUCUCUGCCAUGAUGGAGUAUUACACUGGUCCUGAUGGCAGAGGAACGGUAGGUGAUAUUAGUGGUAGAUUGCGGAUUGGUUGUCCAAGCUAUUACAAAGAGUCUGAUUACAAGUUUUACUUGGCUGUUGAAUGUCUUGAGAAAGCUGCUGCUACUUCUGAUACAGAGGAAAGGGAAAACCUAGCUAGAGAUGCCUUCACUAACCUAAGUUCAGUUCCAGAGUCUGUAGACCUGCAAACUGUUUGUAAGCGCUUUGAGGAUUUAAGAUUCUAUGAAGCUGUGGUUAGAUUACCUUUACAAAAGGCGCAGACUCUUGACCCUGAUAGUGAUGCUUUCAAUGAGCAAAUAGAUGCAGGGAUUCGAGAGCAUGCUCUUGCUCGGCGUGAGAAGUGCUAUGAGAUCAUCACGAGUGCUCUACGUGCUCUAAAAGGUGAAUCAUCGAGGAAAGAAUUCAGUUCUCCUAUCAUACCUGUUUCCCAAUCUGUCCUUGAUCAAGGGUCUCGGAAAAAGUAUGUAUGCCAGAUUAUUCAACUUGGUGUCCAGUCAUCAGAUAGAGUUUUCCACAAAUAUUUGUAUCGAACACUGAUUGAGUUGGGCCUUGAAGAUGAGUUUUUGGAAUAUGGAGGGCCAGAUUUGGUACCAUUUUUGCAAAGUGCUGUAAAUGAACCUGUUCAAGAGGUCCGCUCUGUUUCUGCUUUGACACCACCAGCUUCCCAACCGGAUCACUUAAGAGGACCUAUAACAUUUAAUCAAAUAAAAUGCUUUGAGCUUCUGGCACGAUAUUAUGUCCUGAAGCGGCAGCAUGUUCUUGCUGCUAAUGUAUUUGUAAGGCUAGCAGAAAGGCGCUCCAGCGAAGCAGGGGAUACCUUGACACUGGAAAAAAGGCGUCAAUACCUGAGCAAUGCUGUCCUUCAGGCUAAGAGUGCCAGAGAGAGUGAUACUCCUAAUUUUUCUGGCCGCGGUGCAAUUGACAAUGGACUGCUGGAUUUACUUGAGGGGAAGCUUGCUGUUCUUCAGUUUCAGAUAAAGAUUAAAGAGGAAUUGGAGGCUAUGGCCUUGAGACUAGAGGCUUCUCCUAGUGAAUCGAAAUCUAUGGCAAAUGGCUCAUCACCUGAUAGCAGCAGUUUUGUUGAUGCCAAUCUUGUUCAUGCUGUACGAGAAAAGGCAAAGGAAUUAUCACUGGAUUUAAAGAGCAUCACUCAAUUAUAUAAUGAAUAUGCUGUUCCAUAUGAACUCUGGGAGAUAUGUCUGGAAAUGCUAUAUUUUGCAAGCUAUUCUGGCGAUGCUGAUAGCAGCAUUGUAAGGGAGACCUGGGCUAGACUCAUUGAUCAAACUCUUUCAAGGGGUGGAGUUGCUGAAGCUUGUUCUGUAUUGAAGAGGGUUGGUUCCAAUAUUUUCCCUGGGGAUGGAGCUAUUUUACCUUUAGAUACAUUAUGUCUUCACCUGGAGAAGGCUGCGCAGGAGAGGGUUGUUUCAGGGGCUGAAGCCAUUGGCGAUGAAGACAUUGCGAGGGCUUUUCUUGCUGCAUGCAAGGGUGCUAUAGAACCAGUACUUAAUGCUUAUGACCAGCUGCUAUCCAACGGAGCAAUUUUACCCUCUCCAAGGCUAAGGUUACGUCUUAUCAGGUCUGUGCUAGCUCUACUUCGUGAGUGGGCAAUGUCAGUCUUUGCACAUAGAAUGGGAACAAGUGCUACCGGGGCCUCUCUUGUUCUAGGUGGAUCAUUUCCUUUCACACAAACUACAGUCAAUAAUCAAGGUGUUCAUGAUAAGAUAACAAGUGCGGCGAACAGAUAUAUGGCUGAAGUGCAGAGGUUGCCUCUUCCUCAAAGUCAAACAGAGGUUGUGUACCGGGGUUUCCGGGAGCUUGAAGACUCACUUUUGAGUUCUUUUCCUUUUGAACGGUUGUAA